GCUCGUGCUACCAACCGAGUCGCAUGAGUUGACAUCUAACGUUAGUUCUGUGACCCAUUUCAACCGAAUACAAUCUCCCGUUUAGCCGCUUACAUUGUUUAAGACCACUUGUGUUCACCCCUUCCAGCCGGCUGCAAGCACAACUGGAUUUACAGAUUCAAAAUAAACACAGGAGCCGAACGAAAUUUUAGGCACUGCUGAUAAUUUUAUCAAGAUAGGGCCUGUAACAGAUUUACGAUGGAAAACCAGUGGCAAGACGAUUACAGAGAACAACAACAUUGCAAUUCAUGUCAUUCCACCCGAUGGAGAAGAAGAUGACGAAUUCGUGCCACCACUUCGUCAACGCCGCAAACUUAGCACACCUCUUAGUUCUAUGGAUGGAUUAUCUGCACCAGAUCUGCUUCGUACUUCACCGUCGCGGUCGCUAUCUCCAUUUGACAGAACUAAGCGUCGCUUCAGCACCAUGGUGUCAAGUGCUGCGGCCGCUGCAGUAUCCCGCCGUUUCUCCGCCACUAUUGGCUGGUGCCUCGCUACUCCUUCAGACGUCAAACCGCAAAUCGUUCGACAGGGGCGCGCUUUAUGCCUACAGUACAUAAAAACUCAAAUACGAAGGUCACCAACCUGCCCCAAAAAGAAACUUAACCGUCCAUCCUUUCAGCAAAUAGUAAUGAAACGUUUACAAAGAAUGCUUGAAACCGAGUGCGGCGAAGAAGCUAUAAACAACACAGAAACUGGCGUGUUGGCAGCCCUGCGAGCUUUGUGCGCCGCUUUGGAGAGAAAACGACCUGAUGCGUUCCGGCACGUUGCUCGUCAGGCUACGCGUGCACCAUCUGCCAUGCUGAGAUCUGAUACUGCGCUCGCAGAACUUACACUGGCGCUGGCUCGCCGAAUAACCAGAGAUAAUGUCACCUGGUCCAAGAUUGCGGCUGUGUUUUGUAUAUGUGGAGCCUUAGCCAAAGAAGCUGCUGAAUCAGCUGACGGCGAACCAGCGCUUGAACUAGUAGCGGCACCUGCAGCUGCAAUUGCAGACCUACUACACGAAAACCCAGGUUCCUGGAUAGCAUCAAAUGGUGGAUGGGAUGGCCUCAUCGAGCGUCUACGAGUUAGUGACCGAGACCAGAGAUCCGAGAAGACGCUCCGAGUAAUAGUCUCAUUCUUCGUUAUAAUCUGCCUCAUACUCCUUUUACUACGAUGGGCAUGGGCAUAGCAAUGAAUUGCUUUUUGAUGUUCCGAGGGCUAUGAAUGUUUUUUAAUGCCCAGAAUUUUGAAAAUAGUGUAACAUUAUAAGUAGUACAAUUUUAAUCCAUAAUCUGAAUUUAAUCAUAAUACGUAGGGAGGACCUAAUCAAUUAAGUGUAAUGUCUUAAAAUCUUGAUUUCGGAGGAAGAUAGAUAAUUAUUUGUUUAUCACUAAAACAAUCAACUUUUGUUCUAAGGCUUUGCAAAAUUCAUUAUUAAUAUUGUUCAUAUAAAAAAAAAACAUAUUAUUUCUGUAACGUGACAUUACAUUGUGAAACCCAAUACAUGUGAUUGGACAACGUCGCGUAGUCUGGUCAGUGACCGCACGAUUGAAUCGUGGUUCGCGUGCUGUUGCCGAUGUUACAUUACAGAGGUAGAUAAUCUGUGUAAGACAUAGAAUAUUUAAUAAACAAACUAUCGAGUUGAAAAAAGUCGCAGAACAAAAGAUUUUAGUUUUAUUUGACAGACCGAGAGCUUUCUGGUAUUUUUUAUUUAAUCCUUUAUACCUAAGUAUUACUAAUUUGUCAAAAAAUUAAGAUUUAGUUAUUAUUUUCACAUCAUUUUUUAUCCCUACUGUACUCAGACAUUGAAACAGCCAGCAAUGGUUACCUAUUUAUUAACAAUUUUCACAGUUGUUAACCAGUGACAACUGACAAGCUCUCAUCCCCACACAUAAUUUCGAAAACAAUAUGUCAAUUUAUGCAUUAUGUAUGAAAACGAAAUCGCACAAGCUGAUCCAAACAAGACCAUGGAAGAGGAUCCAGCAUGUUCUUAUAGGAAUUAGUUUUGUUGGACGUACAUUAUACAUAAGCUAAGUUUUU